AUGAAAAUCAUGCCAAAAUCCUUCCUUGUUCGAGUCCGCAAGGGGCUUUCAGAAAUCUCUCACAGCACGCCUGAAGGUUUGAAAUGAAUAUUUUCUGUUUUAUGUGCGUUAGUUUUUAACAAUUUUGUUAAAAACCAAGACUUUGUUUUCUGCCACUGAGUUUUAAAAUUCUACAUUAAAUUUAAAGGUAAUGCGGUACUUUCUAGUUUCUGGGCGGGCUAAGAGCAGUUUUAAUUCGCUUCUUUUACUGGAAAUAUUCUCCGCCCUGAGAUUGAAAACUUCUUCAUGUGAUUCCUCGACGGAAGUUAAGACUAAAGAUGAUGUUGGGAUUUUCUGCUCAAAGCAUUCGAAAUGUAAAGAAUUUUGGUCGCAAUCUAUCACUCCUUCUUCAAAUAUUCCAUCAAAAGGGAAGAUUGAAGUAUAUGCUAAGCGUACGCUAACAUUUUUCAAGAACAAAGUCUUUCAUCAAAAAAAAUUUGGCGCUCGGCGCAGCGUCAUGACGGGAGUUUGGUAAAAGAAAACUUUUCACAAGUAAUGUGACAAAAAGAAGCCGAUGUCAGACAUCGUACGCCUUCGUUAUUUUCUCUCCUUUCAGUGCAUUAAAUAAUUCAUGGCUCUGCUUUAUAAAGUUUUCGUAUUCCUUUACAAUUGUGUCUUUGUUUGGCUUACACCCAGCUGAGAGAACUGAAGAAAUUUGAUUUCCUAUAGAAAUUUGAUUUCCUCCAAAAUCACAGUUUUGAACGUUCAGUCAAAAAGCUCAUUUGGUUCAGGGCCGGAUAUGAGAUGUUCGCCUUUCAGCCGGCGCUUAAGCAAACAAAACAGAAAAGAAAGGUGAAAAGUGUCUCUUAUUUGUAGGACAAUAGCUGGCUUCAUAAAGCACAUAAAGCCGAUUUCGUAUUUGUGCUACCUUCGUGGGAAGGGAUCCGGUGCUAUUGAAGAUUUAAAUCCGCAGGGGGUCUAUAUAAGGACGAUAUUUACCGGUUGAAAUGAGAUGAACUUGGAUUAUGAAGAAUUUAUAAGCUACCACAAGAAAAAAUGAAUUUUUACCAGUUCUUCUUGAGCGAGAAACGGAAAACAUUUUACGGUUGAUUUAAAGAUACCAUGUUGUACAAUUUACUUUCAAUGAAGUUAAUCUGCAUAAUGAGUUAACUCCACUGAGUAAAUAGUCAGUGAUUAAAGUGGAAACAUACACUCAGUUCACCUGCUCCAUUCAUAUCGUAACCGACAAUUAUUCAGUCUCAAACUUUCUUUAUCGCUCGAGUGAUAUUGCGCACGAGGUUUCAAGAGGCGCUUGAAGUGUUUAAAUCAGAUCGUAUUUUAGAUUUGACUGACGAAAAAGACGGAAAGUGCAAUUUUUAUAUGUCAUCGGGAAAAAAAUCUACUCUCCUAGCUCGCAAUGAAUAAAAAAAAAAGUAAGAAUUUUUUUGGGGAGAUAUUGCAUGCUCUAUCCAAAAUUACACAGAGUACAUGGUCUAAAAGACGCUAAGAUAUUUAUCGCACUCCUUCUUUUGUUAAUGAAGAAAACUUUGAUCAGAAACAAAAUUCUCUUCACCUCGUUUUAUAAAUUUCUUUUGGGGGAAAUUUUUCUUUGAAAGCCCUUUCCUUUCUCGGGUUUAGAAAAGCUUUCUCGAACUUCGUCCGUUAGGGCCCGGUUCAGAGAUCUUUCAGGUUUCUUGUCUUAAACAACUCUGCAAGGUGGUUAAGUCACUAAAAUUCGUCGCAAAAAUUCAGAUAAAUCGAACAAAAAACUACUCACUGCUGAAGCAAGAAGAUAUUUGCGGGUUAAAACUUCCUCUUUGCGCAAAAUAUCACCACAAGACGUUGUUGGAUAAACACCAGGACAGUCGCUCAGAAUCAACGAGAUAAAACCAACACUAAAAAUCAAUAAUUUUGAAAGCAACUUCCUUGUCUUUCCGACUUCUCCGGAGUACAUUUCAAACAGUCACUUUCCUAUGAUAUGUUCAGAUUUAAUGUGAAUUUGUCUUUUGAACACUAGGAUCUUCAUGCUUCCGGACUCUUAUAUUCUGCGUGUUUAGAGCAUAUCUGAAAAAAAUAAACAGAGUUAUCCUUUACCUUUGACUAGGAAUCACAAAGGAACAAGUCUAUUUAUGGUGGAUUCUUCUACUCACCCCAGUGCUUUCGGAAGUCUCAGAAACAUUAUCUCUAGCCUCGGCUUGAGGAAAACGGUUUUGAAGGAAUUAAACUUGAGCAAUUUAAAAGAACUUGUUCAGAUUACAGGACGUGAAAAUGUAAAAACCGAUUGUUUGUCGCUAUGUAGACCAUAACGUCUCUCCUUACCUAAGUUUAUUUCAUUUACCCCUUUUCCAAAUUUUAAUCCAUAGUCAUGUGAUUGCCUUUCUUCUUGUUUUCUUUUGACAUGCCCAUUUUCCAUCUAAAAAAACUAACUGACUAAAAAACACGCCAACAGGCAGAAAAACACGACACUUUCCAAUCAGGAAAUUUCUAUCUUUAGAGAUAUCUAACGAGUCUCCAAAUCUCGUCCGCUAUCUGUUAUAAAAAUGAGCUCAUAACUCAGGAAAGUGCGUGGUGUGAAGAAAUUGUUAGGCUUUUGGUAAACAAAAUCGGUUAUUUUUACCAGGUUCUUCCCCGGAAACGUGAAGUACUUUCUCUGAAAGAAAAAUCAAUUUCGGAGAAACGUUUUCCUGAAUAGUUAGAAACAUUAAUAGAAGCAUAAAACUAUGCUUUUUUGUCACACUUAGAGUUGAUGAUUUUCCGAAAAAGGCACUUAAAAAUAAGAAUAUUUUUUUCAAAACGAAAACAAGAAGGAAGAAAACUCUUCAACUUGCCAGAAGUCGAGUAAAUAACAUGCUUUAUCAGUGGCGCGCCAAGUUACUCAAACUUAAACAAGAGAAAAUGACACGACAGGGACGAAAAUUCCUCAGUUGUUUCCAUACGCUUAAGCCAUCCAAAGGUAAUACAAAUCGAAAUUAAAGGAAGAAAAUUGAAUGAUGAAAUGUCCCUAAGGACGCUACAAAAUCAUGCCAAGGUUACAAAUUCACCGUGUGGCCUCCGACAUAAAUGAGUCUGUGGCUUCACACUGAGUUACAACUCUAAUGACCAAACAAGAUAGCCGGAGGCUUUCUGCUGACAAGAGCUCUUGGUUUGCUUUUUCAUGAUAAAAGAGUUCAUUUGUAUUCCAACAUCAACUUAAAAAGUCAAAAUUGUAUCUUCUAUCAGACCAAAAUAAGUUCUCCUGUGAAAAAAGAGCGAUAAAUUGAUUCUGGAAUUCGUAACGUUCUAUUCCCCGCAGUCUGCUUAAAAUUUCUGGUUGCGAAAUAAUUGCUUCGUUCACGCACAUACUAAUUAAUUAGAUUCACCUCCUGUUUACAUUUAACGUUUAAAUAUCUUCAUCCUUUCCCAGAAUUCAAGAUUCAAGAAAGUCAUGUUCCAAUCAUUUUUCCGAAGUCGAACGAACAAUGGCUAUUGGAACAAAGAGCUUCAGUGAUUGUAAACGCUUCCAGUCAGAGGAUCAGUCACCCGCCCAAAAGUAAAUCUUGCACCAAAGACAUAAAACGCUUAUUUAGCCAUGAAGUUGAGCUAUUUGAUGGAAACAAUAAAGCGCAAGUGCAGCAUGAAAGCGAGUCUCGCAAGUCCGACUGUCAUGACACAUAUGCGUGCAAUACGUGUCAGAAAAUGUUUUGCACACCACAUGGUCUGGAGGUACACGUGCGACGAUCGCACGCAGGUAAUCGCCCGUACGGCUGCUCCACAUGCGGAAAAACGUUCAGUCAUUACGUGAGCCUUGCGCAACACAGGAAGACACAUUCAACCGUCAAAAUAUUCGAAUGCAAGACAUGCGGGAAACAUUUCAAGCGCUCAUCCACGUUAUCUACGCACAUGCUGAUACACGCCGAUAUCAGGCCUUUUUCUUGUGAUUACUGCGGGAAGAGAUUCCAUCAGAAGUCGGACAUGAAAAAGCAUAUGCUCGUUCACACAGGCGAGAAGCCCCAUAAGUGUCGCCAGUGCGGCAAGUGCUUCAGUCAGUCCUCUAAUCUCAUUACUCACAGCCGUAAGCAUCUGGGAUUUAAACCUUUCGCUUGUCCAACAUGCAGUAGAGCUUUCUAUCGUAAAGUAGACUUAAGGAGGCACAGCCACGUUCAUCGUCUUAGUUACCAUAGAAACAAUAAUACGCUAGGGGAGUUAUGCUUAGAUCAAACCUUACUUAUUUCUAAGUCAACUAAUUAG